UUUAGCUCUGUUACUAUAACUCACGUUCUUCUUUUACUCUGCUCGUUCGUCGAAUGCUGGGUCUUCCGUGUACAGGAUCCUCCUCAGUUGUUGUUUUUUGUGGAUUUAAGGGAAAACUCUGAGGUAACAUGGUCAACCAGUGAUUGGGCACCAGCUGGCAGCUGUGUAACUGUAACUGAGUGACUCAAAUGGGGGAAAUUAAGUAAUUUCAUUAGAAAGUUGUACAGUAGGUAACAUGGUCAACCAAAGACUGGACACUGGCUGGCAGGCAUGUAAGAGCGACUCCAGCGGGGGGAGCAACAGCGGCGAGAGCUCCAAGGAGAGCUCCAGGUGUUCCACCCCAGUGCUGGACGCAGACCGCACUGACCGACUGCGGGACAAGAUGAGGAGGAGAAUAGAGUCCGGGGACCGGUGGUUCUCUCUCGAGUUCUUCCCCCCUCGCACAGCCGGAGGUGCGGUCAAUCUGAUAGCCAGGUUCGACCGCAUGGGAUCCGGUGGACCCCUCUUCAUAGACAUAACGUGGCAUCCGGCAGGAGACCCCGGCUCAGACAAAGAGACAUCUUCAAUGAUGAUUGCCAGCACUGCAAUUAAUUACUGUGGACUGGAGAGCAUCCUGCACUUGACGUGCUGCAAUCAGACGAAAGAGAAAAUCACAGCUCAUCUCAACAAAGCCAAGCGACUGGGGCUGAAGAAUAUUAUGGCAUUAAGAGGAGAUCCUAUAGGAGCAGACUGGGAGGAAGAAGAGGGAGGAUUCAACUAUGCUACGGACCUAGUGAAGCACAUCCGCCAUGAAUUUGAUGAUUACUUUGACAUCUGUGUCGCUGGCUACCCAACUGGGCACCCUGAGGCUGAGAGCUAUGAAGAGGACCUGAAACACUUGAAAGAGAAAGUGGAUGCAGGAGCGCACUUCAUCGUGACGCAGCUGUUUUUCCGAGCGGAGACUUUCCUCAAAUUUGUGAAGGACUGCAGAGCCAUUGGGAUCACCUGCCCCAUUCUGCCUGGAAUCUUCCCCAUACAGGGUUACCACUCCUUGCGGCAGCUGGUCAAGCUGUCCAAACUGGAGGUGCCAGAGGAGAUAAUGCAGGUGAUUGAGCCCAUCAAGGACAACGACGAUGCUAUCCGGAACUAUGGCAUCCAUCAUGCAGUGGAGAUGUGCAAGGUGCUGCUAGCCAGCGGGGAUGUGCCUGGCCUCCACAUAUACACACUCAACAGAGAAGUGGCGACUAUAGAAGUGCUCAGACAGCUAGGCUUGUGGGCAGAGGACCCCCGGCGACCUUUGCCAUGGGCUGUCAGUGCACAUCCCAAACGGAAGGUGGAGGAUGUCAGACCGAUCUUCUGGGCCUCACGGCCCAAAAGCUACAUCUACAGAACUCAGGACUGGGACGAUUUUCCCAAUGGAAGAUGGGGUAACUCGUCAUCUCCAGCCUUUGGUGAGCUGACAGAUUACUAUUUGUUCUACCUGAAGAGUAAGUCCCCUAAAGAGGCCUUAUUAAAGAUGUGGGGAGAAGAGUUAACCAGAGAGGAGAGCGUGUAUGAAGUCUUCACUAACUACAUCACAUCACAGGUUAACCAGAGUGGACACAAGGUGAGGUGUCUGCCAUGGAAUGAUGACCCUCUGGCUCCAGAGACGAACAUGCUUAAGGAGAAACUGGAGAAGGUGAAUCGCAGAGGUGUCCUUACCAUCAACUCUCAGCCCAACAUCAAUGGCAAGCCUUCUUCCGACCCCAUUGUGGGCUGGGGCCCCCCAGGAGGGUACGUCUUCCAAAAGGCAUACCUGGAAUUUUUCACAUCAAGUGAAAAUGUAAGCGCACUUCUCAAAGUGUUGAAGAAAUAUGAACCACGUGUGAACUAUCACAUAGUCAACGUGCAGGGCAAGAACAUUACAAAUGCCCAUGAUAUGCAACCCAAUGCUGUAACUUGGGGAAUUUUCCCAGGCAGAGAGAUUAUUCAACCAACGGUGGUGGAUCCAGUCAGCUUUAUGUACUGGAAGGACGAGGCAUUUGCACUGUGGAUCGAGCAGUGGGGGAAGCUGUAUGAAGAAGAGUCACCUUCACGAAUGAUUAUUCAGUACAUCCACGACAACUAUUUUCUGGUCAACCUAGUGGACAACGACUUCCCCCUAAACAACUGCUUAUGGCAGGUCAUCGACGACAUGUUUGAACUGCUGGACGCACCUCCAGAACCUUUGGAGUAAAGGGAACAAACAACUUUGAAACACACCUAACUCGCUGCUCCUUCAUUUUAGGAUUUCAUAAACACUUUCCCAAAUGUAUCUGAGUUGUUACAUAAAAAUGCUGAGUGAUUUUCAUAACAAUAUUUAGAAUGAAAAAUGAUCAUUGUCAUUAGAGACAACUAUUUUACUGCACAAUCCUGUACGAGCGAACUGUUAUGGCUUGAACUCAUAGAACAUUAGUAUAUUGAUAUAUAUGCAAAAUUAUGUGCCUAAAUCUGAUGGCGCUUGCAUUUUCUUUCCAGGAAUGACUUUAACUGCUUUUUUAUGUACAUUUAAAAAGAUUUUAAGCUAAUGGUUUUUAAGCUAUUUAUAAACAGUAUUUUGGCUGUUGCACAUGUCCCAAGUUCAAGGCUGAUUUUUUUUUUUUUUUUUUGGUUGUUUUUUUUUGGGAGCUUUUAUCUUACCAGCUGGCCAGCUUAAACACACACAAUCAAACAAUACAACCACCUUUCAAGUCAGAAACUAACGCACAAAUAUUUACUUGUGGAGUCAUCCAAGGCCAAAGAUGGUGACGUAGAUUUUGAUUACUAUUGUAAUCUAAUGAAAGUUGUUAUUUUUUUAAUGGCUUGGAUCUUUUUUUUUUCUUUUUUCUAUAGAGACAUUAAUUUUUUUUCUUACAGAUUGCCUGUUUUUCUGUGCAUUGGUGGUAAAAGGAACACAAUAAGACUUUUUUUUUUCUUCUGGAUUCACUUUUCAAUGUGCUUCCACGUAUUGUUGUACGACUAUAUAAUUCAUAAUUCAGCCGUGUUCAAAUCUUUGCGUCUUUAAGCACAUUGCUGCAGGUUAUCAUAAAAGAGUAAGAUUAAGGCUGAAACUUUGCCCAAAGCCCAAGCCUAAAGGACUGGGCAUGUUCUCAUGAGCAUAUGUUACGUUGAGGUCUUACGAGGCGUGAAGCCACCUCCUGGUUGCUGAUGAUGAAAUUCAUGUCAGAACAUGGUAUCUGUUGGAAGGAGGCCAGCCAGUAAUCCCCACGUGCAGCCAACCACAUUAUAGCCUGCACCUGAACUACCAUGUGCAUGAAUGUUCCAACAGAAACUCAAGAACUGCUGAGUUCCUAUAUAUUUGAUGUUUUGCAUGGAACAGAGCCACUCGAAUAAUUGAGUAAAUUGAUGAUGACUGUGGUAAUUAAUUAAUUGCAAUUGUUCAAAAAGUCCAGACAAUUAAAAUCUACUUACACUGGUAAAAAAUUGAUAUGAGUGUGUUCAUCAGGCUGUGUAUAUGACUGUAAGAGAGACCAAAUAUGCAUGUAAAUUACAAAGUAAUCAUCAAGUAAUCAAGUUUAAUCGAUUAAUCGUGACAGCAAGAAUGUAUUUAAGCCCUUAAAUGACCAGCCGAUCCAAACACUUAUUACACUAUUCUUUGACUAAAGAAUAACUGGCAGUUUCUGACAUAGUCCAUGUAGUUAUUGAAUAAUAAGCCCUAGGAUAUAAGCCUGGGAUUUUAAGGCAUUAACUUGAGUAUAAAACUUUUGCUUUCUUACAA